AUGGCGGCGUCCUCGGGACGUUUUGGAUUUUCUUCUCGUUGUGUUUUUUAUUUAUUUUUUUCACUCGAACUUUUUAUCACCGAUGGAUUGAGUUCGGAGUUGCAGUGUGCCCAAAAUUGUACCUGCAAUGGAGAUUCAGUGGAUUGCAGUAAUCUGGAGCUGACGACUCUGCCGGUUGAUCUGCCUGUCCGGACGGUUUCAUUAAAUCUUGGUCACAACAAGCUGAUUGCCAUCAACGUAGAAGUGUUAGACAACCUAACCAAUUUACGAGAAUUGCGGCUGGACCACAAUGAGCUGACCUCCAUACCAGAAUUAGGACAAGCAGCUUCCAAAAUUGUAGCACUCUACCUACAUCAUAACAAAAUCCGCACUAUUGAAGGCAUAAGGAUGAGAGACCUGGUUUCAUUGGAAACAUUGGACCUGAGCAAUAAUGAGAUCACUGAACUACGAGGGCACUCCUUUCCUGCUGGCCUCCAGAUUAGAGAUCUGUACCUAAGCAACAACAAGAUCAACACAUUAGAGCUGGGAGCACUGGACCAUCUCGGCUCUACUCUCCAGGUCCUGAGAUUGAGCCGAAACCGAGUCAGUCAGAUUCCAAUGAGGGCAUUCCAGCUCCCAAGGCUCACCCAGCUUGAACUUAACAGGAACCGUAUCCGUCAGGUAGAGGGUUUGACUUUCAAGGGUCUUUCCAACUUGGAGGUGCUUAAACUACAAAGAAAUAGCAUCAGCAAGCUGACCGAUGGUGCUUUCUGGGAUCUUGCUAAAAUGAAAGUCCUACACCUGGACUACAACAGCCUGACUGAGGUGAACAGUGGCUCCCUGUAUGGCCUAGUUUCACUUCAGCAGCUUUUCCUCAGUAACAACUCAAUAACCCGCAUCAAUCCUGAUGGCUGGAAGUUCUGUCAGAAGCUGAGGGAACUGAAUCUGUCGUAUAACAACCUGACUCGUCUGGAUGAAGGCAGUCUGGCUGUGCUUGGGGAGCUGCACGCUCUCCGUCUGGGGCACAACUCAAUAAGUCACAUUGCUGAGGGAGCCUUCAGAGGCCUGAGGGCUGUACGCAUCCUGGAGCUGGACCAUAACGACAUUUCAGGCACAAUAGAGGAUACCAACGGGGCCUUCUCUGGAUUGGAUAGCCUCAACAAGCUAACUCUAUUUGGAAACAAGAUCAAGUCUGUGGCGAAGAAAGCUUUUGCUGGUCUAGAGACUCUGGAGCAUCUGAAUUUGGGCCAGAAUGCUAUUCGCUCCAUCCAGCCUGAUGCUUUGAGCAAGAUGAAGAACCUUAAAACUCUUGUAAUCCAAAGUGACAGUUUCUUGUGCGACUGCCAGCUUCACGGGCUGCCUGAGUGGUUGGUAACCCAUGGUUUACAGAGUGGUGUUAAUGCUACAUGUGCCCACCCUGACAGCCUUAAGGGUACCAGUGUAUUUCAGGCUCCAUCCAGCAGUUUUGUCUGUGAUGACCUUCUCAAACCCCAGAUCACUGUUCAGCCAGAAACCAGUUUCGCCGUUCUCGGCAGCAACGUGCGUCUCACUUGUACGGCCGCAAGUAGCAGCUCUUCCCCAAUGACCUUCGCUUGGCGCAAGGACCAGGAGCUGCUUCGACACGCCGAGACGGAGAACUUUGCCCACGUGCGCGCUCAACAAGAGGACCCCACUUCCGACAGAACGGACGUGAUGGAGUACACAACUAUCCUGCAUUUGCGGCGCGUCACCUUCGCACACGAGGGGCGUUACCAAUGCAUCAUCACCAACCAUUUAGGCUCCACUUACUCCAGCAAGGCCCGUCUCAUUGUCAUUGUGCUUCCAUCCUUUGUGAAGACUCCCAGGGACAGCACCAUCAGGACGGGCCACAAUGCCAGGCUGGAGUGCGCCGCCGAGGGCCACCCAGCUCCGCAGAUCGCCUGGCAGAAGGAUGGCGGCACGGACUUCCCUGCCGCCCGCGAGCGCCGAAUGCACGUUAUGCCUCACGAUGACGUGUUUUUCAUCAUGGAUGUCAAGUCGGAAGACAUGGGUGUCUACAGCUGCACGGCCAAAAACACAGCGGGAACUGUGUCUGCUAACGCCACGCUGACUGUACUUGAAACCCCCCACUUGGCGCAAGAUCUUGAGGAUCGUAACGUGGUAGUGGGUGACACGGUGGCCCUUCAGUGCAAGGCGUUGGGAAGCCCUCCACCCCGAAUCACGUGGCUGCACAACGACCAGCCCGUGCACCCCACCGAUCGUCAUCACUUCACUCCCGGAAACCACUUGUUGGUCAUUGGCGCCGCAUCCCUGGAGGAUGCCGGCCGAUACACUUGCCUCAUGUCCAACACACUGGGCACGGAGCGCGCUCACAGCCAGUUGCUGGUUACUCGGCGCCGCGGCCCCUGCGUCCCGCCGGCGGGCCUGAGCACGGUCACAGUAGGAAUUGUCGUCAUCGCCGUGGUGACGAGCAUCGUGGUCACCUCCCUGGUGUGGGUGUGCAUCAUCUACCAGACAAGGAAAAAGAGCGAAGAUUGCAGCGUCACAAACACAGACGAGACGAUCGUCCCUCCCGAUGUGCCGAGCUACCUCUCCUCUCAGGGAACUUUGUCAGAAAGGCAGGACGUGUGUAUCCGUGUCGAGUCUGCUGGCGGACAGCAGCCAAAUGGACACGUCGUCGACUCGACAGGUUUUGACGCUGCGGUCUUGUGCACAGACUGUUUGGAGAGCAGCGAACACUACUCCAAAGACCCGGACUAUCAGGCGCACAGCUUCGCCCCAGCAAGUCUUACGGAGUACCAGCAGCACCCCGCUCCUCCUCCCUAUUCUCAGUGUCACCCCGGGGAGCGCGCGCCCCCUCUCCGCAACGGGAUUCCAAAGGACGCGCAAAGCUUUUCCGACAAAGGCGACGUGCUGCGAGCGAAUCUGUGCGAUAAAAAAGCAAGCAGAACGGGGGGACCAGCAUCUGUUUACGCGUCGCAGGAGGAUUCUUUUCACCCUCCAGUGAAGCUGUCGAGCCGAGGACGUGUCGACGGCGAGUACGAGCCCGAACUCAGGCAAUCCCUGCUGUCCAACGGACACUCCCUUAGAGACUCGCCUGAUCCGCGCACCCCCCACGAGGAGAGCCAGCGACUAGCGGCGGACUCGCCGUAG